UUGACUGCAAUCGAGUCAGACGCGCUCCUCUCAGCUGACAUUUGCGCUAGCACAUUAGCCACCGCGCUAGCUCCGCUACGCCGCUCCCUUUCCAGCAAAUUCGUCCACUUUCCCCCUUAAUUCCAUCUCUUACGUGAAAUACACACGUGCGGUGGCGGUUUGUCAACAUUCUGUAUGGCGUUAAAUCGGCCAUGGCGCUUGCGUACAAACAAGUUGAUUAUAGCCCCCUUGCGCUAAUUAGCAUUUAGGCUAGCUCGCUAGGGAAGUUCCGAGUUUAGCACGGCGCUUCACCUUUUCCAGCCAUGGGAAUACUUUUCACCAAGUUAUGGAGGCUUUUUAACCACCAAGAGCACAAAGUCAUCAUUGUCGGUCUGGACAACGCUGGCAAGACCACCAUUCUUUAUCAGUUCUCCAUGAAUGAGGUAGUGCACACGUCCCCCACCAUCGGUAGCAACGUGGAGGAGAUUGUAGUGAACAACACGCACUUCCUCAUGUGGGACAUCGGCGGGCAGGAGUCAUUGAGGUCAUCGUGGAAUACCUACUACACAAACACUGAGUUUGUGAUCGUGGUGGUGGACAGCACCGACAGGGAAAGAAUCUCAGUGACCAAAGAGGAGCUCUACAGGAUGCUAGCACAUGAGGACCUGAGGAAAGCGGGCCUCCUGGUGUUCGCCAACAAGCAGGACGUGAAGGGCUGCAUGUCGGUGGCCGACAUCUCGCACAGCCUGCAGCUCACCGCCGUCAAAGACCACCAGUGGCACAUCCAAGCCUGCUGCGCCCUCACCGGAGAAGGCUUGUGUCAGGGUCUGGAGUGGAUGAUGUCACGCCUACGUGUCAGAUGAUGGCCUCCGAAGCUUCUGAAGCUGGACUCCGAUCGUGAUGAGGAAGCUGGCUUGUGCCGAGCCUUUCCUCCUCCACCAAGCUAUUUUGAGGACCUUCUCUCUGUCUUGUGUGAUAAUUUAUUGGACCGAGGACUUUAUUUAAAGUGCACGCUUUUUCCUUUCGACAAGAUGGAGGUCCUCCUGCAGCCCCCCGCGGCCUUGAAAUAGUAUUCCCGGAGCAGCGACCCCGGUGUCCGGUCCAGUAUUGUUUUAUCACAGUGCCUGUAGCAACAUGGACGCUCGGUGUGAUGAUGAGGUGGGACUGGUGGGGCUUUAGUCGCACGACUCGGCCCCUGGGGACAAAACCAGUCAAUUAAAUGUUUUUAUCUGUUGAUCUCAAA